AUGGAAAAUAUCUCUUCAGAGGGCAGAGACCCAUCAGCAUUCCUCAGUGAAAUCAUUGGAGCCCCAGUUACUGUUAAAUUAAACUCUGGGGUUGUCUACAAAGGUGAACUUCAGUCAGUAGAUGGUUACAUGAACAUUGCCCUGGAGCAGUCUAAAGAAUUUAUGGAUGGAAAAUUAAGGCGCAGCUACGGUGAUGCCUUCAUUCGUGGAAAUAAUGGUUUGUAUCACUCUCUGUUAUACAUAUGCCCCUUUUCUUGUUCCUUUCUGACUCAUGGACUUAGUGUUGUAUAUCGCAGCAUAGAAUGUAGUUGUUCUUCGGCUUUUUGA